AUGUUUACUCAUGGCUCAAUUCCUCAGCUCAGUCCAACUGAUGUUAUCACAGGUCAUGGUGAGGCUGCAGUUUCACUGCAACAGACAUGGUAUCCUGAUCCACAGAAUCUACCAUUUGCACGUCACAUCAAAACUCAUGCCUUGGUCUCACUGAUGCAAAAGGGUCUGCAGUACCAUGAGCUAGAAUCUUCCAUUGACAAGGAGGGAAACCCCGUUGAUCUAACUCCCUCUGAUUAUUUCUUCGGCCCGGAACCCCUUGAACUCUUGAAAAGCCGAGAUUUUGGCACGGACCAUCCUACAAAGGAUGAACCCUCCGACCUUGUGACAAAUGGUCAUCCACCUAAUCCCAUGACCGGGGAUGCAAUGUAUGUUGAUGCCGAUGCUGAGACAGAUGCCGAUGUAGAAGCAGAAGCAGAAGCAGAAGCAGAAGAAACAGCUGCAGACUCCAAGACAGAUGCAGAACAUGAGAGCAAAGCUUCUCCCAAAGUUGAUGGAGAUGGAGACGUGAGUAUGGCUACUACUACACUCAACAGUGGCCAAAGUAUCGGGGUUCAGAUCUCCCCCGCUAAGGCUGCCGAUUUGUCCCCCAACACCGCCCGCUUGGAUCUGAUGGAUCACGUGAUGUUCACUGCCUGGAAACCCCGAGACCCGACUAUCUUGCUGUCAGCCGGCGAGACCUUUUGCAGUCUGUGGAAACUGUCAUCUUCAGAGCCAGUGCAAAACAAGUUCCUUGAUUUGAAGAACACUGGAGCGUAUGUAUCCGCUGUGGCGUGGGAUGGUAUUGGCGCCAAUUUGGCCAUUGCAACCAUGCGAGACUCGAAAGGAACUAUCACCUUCUACAACGACCAGGGUAAUGCUGUCGAUCUGCUGCCGGAUCUUCCCCGUAUGAUUAGCGGCCUUCAUUGGGCGCUGCAGAGCCCGCAGCUGAUCAUUGUGGCAUCGGAUGAGCGAACGUCCGAACUGGCCCUCUGGGACAACACUGAACGGCCGGACGCAUACCCUAACCCGCUGAUUAUUGACAACAAUGUGUUCGACUUGGGAUGGGCCGGAAAAUCCGAAGCCUUCGCCUGUGGAACGGGAACAGUCUACCAAUGCGAGGUAGACCAGACUAUUCGUCUGAUCAACAAAUUCACAUCCGCAAACCCAGACACUAUCUGGUCUUACAUCCGCUGUGCAGAGACCAAUAAUGGAAAUGUAGCUGUGACAGCUAGCUCCACCACCAGCACGAUUUGGAUUCCUACACAUGACAUUCUCAUCGAAACAAACCAGGAUGUGCUCACGGCGAUCGACAUCCAGCCUCAAUCGCCUGCACAGCGACGAGCCUGGUCUAUUACUGGAAAGCCUUUGAUCACCAUCGCCUCGUACUCCGUCGACGGUACAGUCGGCGUGUGGGAAGUUGACUUGGUCUUGAAGCAGUACAAGCGGGUUCAUCGCCUGAAACUGGGCGUCCCCGUCCUCGCUGGCGGCUUCUCUUCGGAUGGAUACGCUCUGGGUGCAGUCAGUCAAGACCGUCUCGCCCUUUGGAAUGUUGAACGUGGUGGUGAGCCGGUGGCUACUUGGAGUGCAGCCGGCUCGAAAGAGGUGAAGGAAGAGCCCGACCAUUUUAUGAAUGGCCAAAAUGGGGGCUUGACAUCGCAGGAUGUCACUCUUUCCUGGGAUCACGAUGGAAAGAAGCUUGCCUACGGGUUUAGAAAUCAGGUGACUUGGAAAUAUUCCAUGAAGUCUUCGUCUAUACUAAUGUCCCGUUUCUAG